AUGGCGCGUUAUAGGCCAUCCAAACACACUAGAUCAAAUAAUAAAGACCCUAAAGGAGACCUUAUUAAAUUUUUAGAAAAACAUGUAAACUUUUUACAAAGAGAGAAAAGGUGGGUUGGGAAAUUUUUUAGAGAUAAUGGAAUUACAGGUGAAGAAUUAGAAGCUAAACUGGUCGUAUUACAGAAAAUUAUAGACGAAAGGAAUCAAUAUACAAGAGUAAUAGCACAAUAUCAAACUACACAAGACAUCAGAGUAUCAAUAAUUAGAAAACUUUUUAUUGAAAGAGAGAAAUUUAAAGAUAAGGUUCGUCGGCUUCAGUUAGAUAAUGCAGAAAUCAGAAGUCAGUUAGAAAUCCUUCAACAAGAUCUACGUUAUGAGUCAUAUCUUAACAAUAGGAGAAUUGAAAGUUUAGAAAAUCAAAUUAAUCUUUUAGAAAACCGGGAGGAAAUUUUUUGCGGAGAAUUAGAAGAAAGAGGUGAAUAG